UCAGGCUCAGAAAGGGCACGCAGCGUGGAUGUGAGGACGUCGGGGAGGCUGGAGCAGUGAGGCCGACAGGAAGGACCUUACGGGGCUCACAUGCUAUCCCACGACGAGGACGGACUCAGGACGGCAGCCCUGAUAGAUGGGGCUGGGGGCUGGCGGGUCGGGGUCGCACACCACAGGAUGGAGGGGCAGCGGUGCCUGGCUCCGCCUUAAGAAACAUGGGCCCUUGGGGGACCCGGAUUUCUGAUACUUCAAUACACAAAUAUGGAUUUUUAUUGAAAUCAGAUGUCGUUUUUUAAAAAUUUUAACUUUUGAUUUGAGGUAAUUACAAAUUCACAUGCAGUAACAAAUAAUGCAUACCCUAUGUACCCUUUACCCAGUUCCCCUAAAGGUGGCAUCUUGAAAAACUAGAGGCCAGGUGCGGUGGCUCAUGUCUGUAAUACCAGCACUUUGGGAGGCCAAGGCGGGUGGAUCCCUUGAGCUCAGGAGUUAAAGACCAGCCUGAGCAACAUGGUGAAACCCCAUCUGUACUGAAAACACAAAAAUUAGCCGGGUGUGGAGGCUGGUGCCUGUAAUCCCAACUACUCGGGAGUCUCAGGCAGGAGAAUCGCUUGUACCCAGGAGGUGGAGGUCGCGGUGAGCCCACAUCACGCCACUGCACUCCAGCCUGGGCAACAGAGCGAGACUCUGUCUCAAAAAAAGAAAAGAGAAGAGAAAGAAAAACUAGAAUACAAUAUCACAACUGAGAUGCAGAAUAUUUCCAUCACGAAGGAUCCUCGUGUUGCUCUUUCAGAGCCGCAUAUCCUUCCCUCCUACCUCUGCUCCCCGUUAACCUCUUUUUGUCAACUAGUAAUCUGUUCUCAUUUCUACCAUUUUGUCAUUUCAUGAAUGUUGCAUAGGCUGGGCGAGGUGUCUCGCGCCUGUAAUACUAGCAGUUUGGGAGGCCGAGGCGGGUGGACCAUCUGAGGCCAAGAGUUCAGGACCGGCCCACCGGCCGGGCGCCGUGGCUCACGCCUGUAAUUCCAGCACUUUGGGAGGCUGAGGCGGGCGGAUCACGAGGUCAGGAGAUCGAGACCAUCCUGGCUAACACGGUGAAACCCCGGCUCUACCAAAAAUACAAAAAAAUUAGCCGGGCGUGGUGGCGGGCGCCUGUAGUCCCAGCUACUUGGGAGGCUGAGGCAGGAGAAUGGUAUGAACCCGGGAGGCAGAGCUUGCAGUGAGCCAAGAUGGUGCCACUGCACUCCAGCCUGGGCGACAGAGCAAGACUCGUCUCAAAAAAAAAAAAAAAAAAAAAAAAGAGUUCGGGACCAGCCUGGCCAACAUGGUGAAACCCCAUCUCUACUAAAAAAUAAAAUAAAAUAAAAUAAGCCAGGCCUGGUGGCAGGCAUCUGUAAUCCCAGCUACUGGGGAGGCUGAGGCAGGAGAAUCGCUUGAAUCCUGGGGGCAGAGGUUGCAGUGAGCCGAGAUUGCGCCACUUCAUUCCAGCCUGGGUGAAAGAGCGAAACUCCGUCUCAAAAAUAGAAAAAUAAAAAAUAAAAAAAUUAGCUGGGUAUGGUGGCACACACUUGAUGUCCCAGCUCCUUGGGAGGCUGAGGUGGGAAGACGGCUUGAGCCUGGGAGAUGAGAUUGCACCACUGCACCCCAGCCUGGAUGACAGAGCCAGACCCUUUUCUCUCCUGUUUUAGGUCACAGGCGCGAGAUGGAGUCCCCAGGAGGGUGGACCCUGCAGGUGGCCCCAGAGGAAGGCCAGGUCCUCUGCAAUGUGAAGACUGCCACGAGGGGCCUCUCUGAGGGGGCUGUGUCUGGAGGCUGGGGGGCCUGGGAAAACUCCACGGAGGUUCCGAGGGAGGCAGGGAACGGCCAGCGGCAGCAAGCCACACUGGGGGCGGCGGACGAACAGGGAGGCCCCAGCAGGGAGCUGGGCCCCGCAGACGGUGGGCGGGACGGGGCUGGGCCCGGGAGCGAGCCUGCAGACCGGGCGUUGCGCCCUUCCCCUCUCCCAGAGGAGCCGGGCUGCCGGUGCGGGGAGUGCGGCAAGGCGUUCAGCCAGGGCUCUUACUUGCUGCAGCAUCGGCGCGUGCACACAGGCGAGAAGCCGUACACGUGCCCCGAGUGCGGCAAGGCCUUCGCCUGGAGCUCCAACCUCAGCCAGCACCAGCGCAUCCACAGCGGCGAGAAGCCCUACGCUUGCAGGGAGUGCGGCAAGGCCUUCCGCGCGCACUCGCAGCUCAUCCACCACCAGGAGACACACAGCGGCCUGAAGCCCUUCCGCUGCCCGGACUGCGGCAAGUCCUUCGGCCGAAGCACCACGCUGGUGCAGCACCGACGCACGCACACGGGCGAGAAGCCCUACGAGUGCCCGGAGUGCGGCAAGGCCUUCAGCUGGAACUCCAAUUUCCUGGAGCACCGGCGCGUGCACACGGGCGCGCGGCCGCACGCCUGCCGGAACUGUGGCAAGGCCUUCAGCCAGAGCUCCAACCUGGCCGAGCACCUGAAGAUCCACGCGGGCGCACGGCCACACGCCUGUCCCGACUGCGGCAAGGCCUUCGUGCGUGUGGCGGGGCUGCGGCAGCACCGGCGCACUCACAGCAGCGAGAAGCCCUUCCCCUGCGCCGAGUGCGGAAAGGCUUUCCGCGAGAGCUCGCAGCUCCUGCAGCACCAGCGCACGCACACUGGUGAGCGGCCCUUCGAGUGCGCCGAGUGCGGCCAGGCUUUUGUCAUGGGCUCCUACCUGGCGGAGCACCGGCGCGUGCACACGGGCGAGAAGCCUCAUGCGUGCGCCCAGUGCGGCAAGGCCUUCAGCCAGCGCUCCAACCUACUCAGCCACCAGCGCACGCACUCAGGCGCCAAGCCCUUCGCCUGCGCCGACUGCGGCAAGGCCUUCCGCGGCAGUUCCGGCCUGGCGCACCACCGGCUUUCGCACACGGGAGAGCGACCCUUCGCCUGCGCAGAAUGCGGCAAGGCCUUCCGCGGCAGCUCCGAGCUGCGCCAGCACCAGCGCCUGCACUCUGGCGAGAGGCCGUUCGUCUGCGCCCACUGCAGCAAGGCCUUCGUGCGCAAGUCGGAGCUCUUAAGCCACCGGCGCACGCACACGGGCGAGAGGCCCUACGCUUGCGGCGAGUGCGGGAAGCCUUUCAGCCACCGUUGCAACCUCAACGAGCACCAGAAGCGGCACGGGGGCCGCGCUGCGCCCUGACCCGAGGACGCCCUGAGCGGGAGGUCGCGGACACGCGGCACUGCGGGGUCCCGGGCGUGAGUGCGCUGUCUGCUGGCCCAGCCUUUUUCGGGCCGCCGGUGCGGGCGCCCUCCUGCUGGGAGUGCAGGGGCGGCCUUAGGUGUGGAGAACCCUGGCUGCACGGUCCCUUUGACGACAGCCCACCGGCCAUCCAGGCCUGUCUGGGGACAUGUGGGAUGGGCUCUUACCCCAGGGAGGGCGGCAAGCUCCACUUCGGCGAGAGGUUCGUCCGUGCAGAGGUGGGCAAGAACUGGGGUCUCCGACAGGUGUGGCUAUUUCUUUAAGUUCUCUGGCACUGUCAAAAGCAGCCAACCCACCCCACAGUCCACAUGGUCACCACUGCUGCUACCAGCUGCUCAGUGCAGUGGCCACUGUGUCUCCUAAGGUGCUCGCUCCAGUCAGCACUUCAUCUCAGGCAACCACAGGUGACAGUUAAACAUGAUGAAACCGCAUGCUAUGGCUUUCUAGUGUCUCAUAUUCUGUUGGCAAGAGGCUCAGCACUGCAUUUCUGACCGAGGUCAGAACCAGAUCAAUUUCAGAAUCUCACCUGUGUAGGUCUGUUUCAUGGGACUUUUCUUUUUUGGGGGAGCGGGCAGGGUUUCACUCUGUCACCCAGGCUGGAGUGCAGUGGUGCAAUCACGGUUUAUUGCAGCCGCGACUUCUUAGGCUCAGGUGAUCCUCCCACCUCAGCCUCCCAAGCAGCUGGGAUGACAGACUUGCGUCACUACACCUGGCUAAUUUUAAAAUUUUUUGUAGGGACAGUGUCUCACCAUGUUGCCUAGGCGGGUCUCAAAACUCCUGGGCUCAAGUGAUCCUCCUGCCUCAGCCUCCCAAAGCGUUGGGAUUAUAGGCGUGAGCCACCGCACCUGGCCAGGGAACCUUCUUUAUACCAAGUACCACACCAGUCAGAGUCAAGUCAGGAAAUAGAAACCACACUAGGUAUUUCAAACAGAGGGGAUAUAAGUUAGGGACUGAUUGUGCAGGUUUUGCAAGGCUCAGAGAGCAAAAGUGGAUGUUGCAGAAUCUCAGAGCUGGAUACUUGCAGGAAGCUGCUACCACCCUUAGGGCUGGAGAACCCAGGGGAGCUAAGAGGAGGGUGCAACGAGGCUGGUGUUGGGACUGCCAAAGGAAACACAGAAUGACAGCUCCAUCUCUGCAGACCUCAGAUUUGACCAGGCCUCUGGCUGCCUGGGCAGCCUCAUUGCCAAUGGGCUGAAAGGUUCGGUCACUGUUCAAUGGUCUGACUUCUGAGUUCUGUGCACACCCUGAGCUCUGCUCCUCUGGCCUGGCCACCAGUCCUUGUCUGAGUGCCUCAGGUCUGGUUAUGACUUCAGGCCUCAGCACCUGGUUGUCUCUUCUGCAAAGAAUGCAUUCUCCCCCAGUCCACCCAGAACACACAGCCUCCAUCCAGGUACUGGCUCUGAGCAGGACAGAGAGCAUGCAGCAGGUGCUCAGCAAUAUGGAAAUGGGACCAAACAGAGGGAGUCUCCACAGCUCCCCGUCCCUCACAGCAGAAGCCAGAGCCGCUGCAGUGCCCAGCUGGUCUUCAUCACGCCUCUGAGCUCUGCAAUCGCUCUGCAGUCGCCUCAACUCCUGGUCUCUGCUCCUUCUCACUGCAACCGCAUAUCCCGUGUUUGCACUGGCUGCUCCCUCUGCCUGGAAUGCUCCUUGCCCAGUUAUCCCACUGUCUUCUUUGCAUCUGGCACACAGUAGAUGCUCAAUAAAUGCCUGUGGAAUGAA